CAACACUUUCUUUCAAUUUCUCAUCAAUUAACUUACUUUCUAUCUCACAACAGCUACCACGAAAAGCAUCAACCAUGGCUUCUUUAACCUCUGCUUUGGCAACUACAUCUCCUUCUGUGAAGCCACAUUCUUCUUCACGGACCAAAUCACUGUUGCCUGUAGUUUUCAAGCUGAUCACAAACCCAACUUUAAGUAACAGCUCCAAGCUUUUCACUUCCUCCACAAACUACAACAGUUUCUCAGAACCCAAAACAUCUUUCACUUUCAAAAGUCACGCCAUUCCAUCUAAUAAUAACUCAACACCCUGCAAAGUCCAAGAACUGUAUGUGUAUGAGAUAAACGAGAGAGAUCGUGGGAGUCCUGCUUAUCUAAGUUUGAGCCAGAAAUCUGUCAAGUCUCUAGGUGAUCUUGUCUGUUUUAGCAACAAACUGUAUACGGGGGAUAUGCAGAAACGGAUAGGAAUAACAUCGGGGAUGUGCAUUCUGGUCCAACACAAACCGGAGAAGAAUGGAGAGCGUUACGAGGCGUUGUCCAGCUUUUACUUCGGCGACUACGGUCACAUGACGGUGCAGGGACCUUACAUGACCUACGAGGAUUCGUAUCUGGCUGUGACUGGUGGGACAGGGAUCUUCCUUGGGGUCAUCGGCCGGGUUAGGCUGCACCAAAUUCUGUUCCCUCUCAAGCUCUACCAUAGCUUCUAUUUGGAGGGCAUUGCAGACCUCCCCGAGGAGCUGCUUGGGGAGCCUGUUGAGCCCAACCUAGAAGUCGAGCCCAGCUCUGCUGCACAAGCUUGUGAACCCCAUGCCACCAUUGCUAGUUUCACUGAAUAAUUAUGUUAACCAUGAUCUCAAGUAAAGGUUGUUUUAGAAUUUAUGGGUUAUUUUUCUCCUUUUUCCUUGUCCACGUCCUUUGUUUUGAUAAUCAAUGCGAUUGGCAAUAAAUAAUUUGUUUUCUUGCCCAUGGUCUGCUUACGGAUAUUUUUUGGCUCAUGGACACUA